CACAGCCCAGGGCGGGGGUCCCUCCCGUCCUCCCGCUGGUGGAGGCGGAUCGCCCCCCCCCAGCCCCAGCUCUGCAGGGCGGGGGGUGCGGGGUGAGAACCCCCCCGCCCCCGCCACGGGGUGAUACCGGGCGGGGGAUCAUUACCGGGUAGCUGGUUAUUACCGGGCGGGAGAGCUCCCGUCCGUGGGGCCGGACAGGCGCGUCCCCCCCCCAUGCGGGCAGGAGCCGGCGCUGGGCCAUGAGCAACGCCACGGCCCCCACGGCCCCGGGCGCGGCGGGGGACUCGCUGGUGGGCUCCGUGCUGGGGCCCUUCCUCCUCCUCACCCUCCUCGGCGCCCUCCUGGCCGCGGUGAUGUACGUCAAGAAGAAGCGCAGGUCCGACCGGCUGCGGCACCGGCUGCUGCCCAUGUACAGCUACGACCCGGCUGAGGAGCCGCCCGAGUCGGAGCAGGAGCUGCUGGUGGAGGCUGAGGAGGCUCAGGUGGUGCCCAGCUGGGGGGGUUCCUCACCCCCUUGGCCCCCGCGCAGGGACUGGAGGGCCUGACUCUGCCUGGAGCUCCAGGACAGGAUCCUGGCCGUGUGAGGGAAGAGAGGACAGGGGCAGCACUGGUUCCAUCAGCCAGAACGGGCAGGACGUGCCCACGGUGGUGCCACCACUGGGAUGGGACAUCUCCUACCUCAGUGCCUGGUUUUGCCUUUUUCUUUUUAUUUUUUUGUUUUGCUUGAACUGCUCCAGCAGCCCCUUGGAAAGCCCAGGAGGGUCCACUGGGGCUGGCAGGGAGCAGCAGGCUCUGCUGGCACGGGAUGCCUGGGGGAAGAUGGGGUAAAUAAAUGUGUCUCUGCCUUGGCCCCGAGGCUCCGAGUGGGGCUGGGGGUUCCCGGCCUUGGGUGGGAGUUUGGGGGGGCAGCAGGGCUUUGUCUGUUUGUGUUUCCAUCGGCAGCUCAUCCCCGUGGAUGGCUGGAUGUCCCUGUGGAGGAGAUGCCCCGGGAGGAGCCAGCCCUGCCCCACCCAGCCGGGGCCCGGGACAGAGGGGGGUCACAAACAUCCAUAAAAUGUUUUAUUCAAGUAACUGCAAAUAGGAACCCAAAAGGUCGUUAACAGUGAACCAAAAAAAAACCCAAACCAAACCCCGAUUCUCUCCCGCCGGGGCCGCCCGGCACCGACCUCCGGUCCCGCUGCAGCCGUCGUGCCGGGGCAGAGGGGCAGGGGAGCAUCCCGUAGUCCCCCCACACCUCUGCCCUGCCAGCCUCGAUCCCUUGAAGCAGCAGAGCAAACUAGACCUCAAAAUAACAAUUAAAAAAAAAAAAAAAAAAGAAAAA